AGUACCGAAACUCGAUCGUCCGGCCAUGCGGGCACGUGUCUGCCUCGCCCCGGCACGCGGCGCGCGGGCCACGUGCCAUGGCGCGCUCCGCGCGUCUCCUCGCCGAACGCGUGUCGACGUGAAGGCCGUUAAAGUGCGUCGGCACUGCCGCUUGCCUCUGCUCUGCUCCUGUGGUUGUCUUCUCGUGCGGUUGCGCACUGGCUUUUGCUUUUGUAGACUCUGUAUCGUCGACGAGCUCCGACCCUGGCUUAGCUCCGGGCAGCGGGUGAUGAUGUCGGUGAGCCUCGUGAGGGCGUCGCUGCCGGCUUGGUGCACGGCGGCGGCCGCGGGGAGCAGCGGCCUGCGCUCUCGCCUGCGCGGCAUGGCGUGCUCCGGUCGGCGCGUGGGCGUCCGGUGCAGCGGCACGACACCGCCGGGGUUCCCUCCGGGGCCGACGCCGCCGGGGUUCCCCGCGGUGCCGUCGCCCGAGGAGGUGCCGGGCACGGCCCGCCCGCCAGAGGAGAUGCCGGGCACGGCGAGGCCGCCGCAGGAGAUGCCGGGCAUCGACAUGCCGCCGGAGUUCAACGCGCCCCCGGGCGUGGACGUGCCGAUGCCGGGCGCGCCCGUGCCGGGCACGCCUCCCAGCCCGGAGCAGCCGGGGCCGUUCAUCCCGUCGCCGCCGAGGCCGGAGAUCCCGGCCGUGCCGCCGAACCCCGACGUGAUCCCGCCGCCGCCGCCGGAGGUGGACCCGCCGCGCGCUCCGCCGGAGGUCGUCCCGCCGCAGACGUCCGAUGUCCCGCCUCCCUUUGUGUGAGCGUGCGCGGUCGCGCCGACCCCGACGGUCACCGAGAUGUGAGAUAGCGUACUAUGUACAGUAGCUUCCAGCUUCAAAUAAAGAGGAUCGGUUGCGGCGCCC